CCUGCGCGCUCCCGCUGCUGCUGUUGCUGUUCCUUUGCGGAGGCGCGGGGCCUCCAGGGUUCUUUUCUGCCCGAGGCGCGUCUGCCCAGCCGCUGCACCAGGAUUCAGAUAACAAAACCCAGUGUGUACUUCCUUCCUCGUCAGAAUUCCCAGAAGGAUUUUUUACGCAGCAGGAGCGAAAAGAUGGAGGCAUCGUUAUCUAUUUCAUAAUCAUACUUUAUAUGUUUCUGGCUGUGUCCAUUGUGUGUGAUGAUUACUUCCUCCCUUCCCUGGAGAUAAUCAGCAGCUCUCUUGGUCUCUCUCAGGAUGUCGCAGGAGCAACGUUCAUGGCAGCCGGUAGCUCUGCGCCUGAAUUAGUCACAGCCUUUCUAGGGGUUUUUGUCACAAAGGGAGACAUUGGAGUCAGCACCAUUCUCGGUUCUGCCAUCUACAAUCUUCUGGGGAUCUGCGCGGCUUGUGGGCUCCUGUCUAGCAUGGUUUCAAGACUGUCUUGCUGGCCAUUGUUUCGAGAUUGUUUGGCCUAUGUAAUUAGCGCAGCAGCGGUUCUUUCGAUGAUAAUUGACAACAAAGUUUACUGGUAUGAAUGCAUGUCACUCCUGUUAAUAUAUGGAAUCUAUAUUUUGGUGCUCUGUUUUGAUAUUAAAAUCAACCAGUAUGUCAUGAAGAAGUUUAGUCCUUGCUGUACCUGUUUCUCAGCGGCAACGGAAGAGGCUGAACAACAGCCACUAGUUGGAUGGAAGGAAGAGACUGGGCCCCUCAUUCAUCGGCAAUCAAGAGCAGACAGUGGGAUUUUUCAGGAUGAGUCGGAUUACUCCCAACUUUCAAUAAGUUUACAUGGCCUAGAUACAAUUUCUGAAGAUCCUCCGGGUGUCUUCGCCAUGCCGGAAGCAGAUCUUAAGAGAAUCCUGUGGGUGCUUUCUCUUCCUAUUAUUACUCUGCUCUACUUGACAAUGCCAGACUGCAGAAGGCAGUUUUGGAAGAACUGGUUUAUGCUUACCUUCUUCAUGUCAGCAGUCUGGAUUUCUGCGUUCACAUAUAUUCUUGUGUGGAUGGUAACUAUAGUGGGGGAAACUCUGAAAAUUCCAGAAACAGUAAUGGGCCUUACACUACUAGCAGCAGGAACAAGCAUACCAGACACAGUCGCAAGUGUGCUGGUGGCUAGGAAAGGAAGAGGAGAUAUGGCCAUGUCAAACAUUGUAGGAUCCAAUGUAUUUGAUUUGUUGUGUUUGGGAUUACCCUGGUUUAUAAAGACAGCCUUUGUAGACACGUCGGUUCCUGUGGAAGUGAACAGCAGUGGUCUGACUUACACGGCCAUCUCUCUCAUUUGCUCCAUUGCUUUUAUUUUUCUGGCCGUUCACAUAAAUGGCUGGAAGCUAGACAAAAAACUGGGGGCUGUUUGCUUAGUGAUGUAUUUAGCAUUUGCAAUAUUAUCAAUUCUGUAUGAACUUGGAGUCAUAGGGAACAAUCCACUCAGGAUCUGUGGUGACUAG